AAUGUAACUGGAGAAUAUUGCUGAUAUUAAAUUAAAUUAGGAAUUGAAAUGAAACAUUUUAUUUGCCUCAAUUAAUACAAUCUAAACAUUAUAUCUAGUUUUAAUUAUGAAUAAUGUGAUUUUUUUUUCAGAAGGAGAUAAGGCUGAAUCUGAGGCUAAAGCUGACGCUGAAGCUGAACUUGUAACUGAUGCUCACACUGAUGCUGAAGUUGAGGCUGAAAUUGAAGCUGAAGCUGAACCUGAGGAUGAAGCUGAGGCAAAAGCUGACGCUGAAACUGAAUCUGAAGCUGAAGCUGAGGCUAAAACUGAACCUGAGGCUGAAGCUGAGGCUAAAACUGAAGCUGAAGCUGAGGCUAAAACUGAACCUGAAGCUGAACCUGAGGCUGAAGCCGUUGCUGAAGAAAGAAAGCCAGAAGACACAGAAACAGAGAACAGCACAUCUCUGGAUGGAGCAAAAGGCAACAAUGCAGACGAGCCUGUUGAAAGCAUCAGGAAAGGAAACGAGAAAAAGAAAUGGACCAGGAGAGGAACACGAGGCAGAGGGAGAAAGAUCAAUUACGAAAAAUUACAGGCCAACAAAGCAGAAGAAGAUAAGGCUGAAGCUGUUGCUGAAGCAGAGACUAAAGUUGAGGCUGAAGUAGAUGCUAAAGAUGAGGUUGAAGCUGAGGCUGACCCUGAAGAAAGAAAGCCAGAAGGUGCUGAAACAGAGAACAGGACAUUCCUGGUAAACGGCAAUAAGACGGAGAAGACUGUUGAAAACAGUGGGAAUGGAAAUGAGAAAAAGAAAAGGACCAGGCGAGGGACACGAGGAAAAGGAAGGAAGAUAAAUUACAAAAAGUUCCAGGCCAACAAAGAAGGUAUUAUUAUUAUUAAUAUCAUAUCAUGA